UUAUCUAAGCUGCUGAAUUCUCUGCAAGAAAACAAGAAUGAGAUACCAAGCUGCACCGACGAGGAGUUCGGAUUUCUCAGCGACUUGUUGCAGUCGAAGGAGCUGAACGCUCUGGUGAACGUUCACAACAAAAUCUUGAACAACGUCAAGGACGACAAAUUCUUCCCCGUGCUCUCCAACUCCAUGGACAUCGACAUCGAAGUGCUGGACAUGCUGUCCACGAAGACGCACGUUUCCAAGGACUGCAAGGAACUUUUUCACCUGCUUCAAAAACCACACAUACAGGUGGCGCGUCCGCGGCUACUGAAAAACACGUUGAUCGCCAUAUUUGAUGGACAUCGUGACAGGCUUGUUGUGCGCUCACGAUGCAAUCGCCCAGAAGGACUACUAUCCCCGAUUGCCGGAGAUCCCUCUGGAGGUCGACGAGGACGAAGAGACCGUGAAGAUUGUACAGUUGGUGAAAUCGAACGAACCCUUGGUACGUCAGACAGGUCGCACGUGUUUCGUAUUUUUCGUGUUUUAUUUCUUCGAGCUUGCCCGCUCGAUUAGAAACGGAGGGAAGCUUGAUAACGUAAUUCACGUUGAUUCGAAAGCAGUUGGAGCGACGAUAAAAACGUGCGAGGUCACCGGCAAGAUCGUGAUAGCGCGAAUAAUGCACGGCGGCGCGGCCGAUAGGUCCGGCCUCAUUCACGUUGGCGACGAAGUUUGCGAGGUGAACGGCAUCAGCGUCGAGGGGAAGACUCCGAACUGCGUUCUCAAAAUAUUGGUAGGUCGCUGCUUCUACUUUGUCUGCGCGCGCGCUAUACCAAAGAUUCGCCAUCAAGAUUUAUUAAGCGACUGCUUUCAGCAAAAUUCCGAGGGUACGAUUACUUUUAAGAUAGUGCCUGCCGAUAGCAAAGGGGGGAUCCGGGAGAGCAAGGUGCGAGUUAGAGCGCACUUUUCCUACACAGCUGGAGAGGACCCGUACAUACCGUGCAAGGAGGCUGGACUAGACUUUUCGAAGGGCGAUGUCCUGCACAUCGUCAGUCAGGACGACGCUUACUGGUGGCAGGCUAGGCGAGAGGGUGACCGGAACAUGAGGGCCGGCUUGAUCCCCAGCAGAGCCCUGCAGGAAAGACGGAUUAUACUGGAGAGGCAGCAAAAGGAGAAGACUGACGACGACAAUAUAAUGCCUUUGCCCGCAUUGUGCCCCCGUCCCAGUACCUCUUUACACGCCUCGCCUACAAAGUGCAACUUGCAGGGAGUAAAAACUAAAAAAAUCAUGUAUGACGCUGCAGAGAACGACGAUUUCGACCGGGAAGAAAUACCGACCUACGAAGAGGUCGCAAAGCUCUAUCCGAGACCGGGCCUCUACCGGCCGGUGGUUCUGAUCGGGCCACCGGGUGUAGGCAGAAACGAGCUGAAGAGGCGGCUCAUGGCCACCGAUCCCGAUAAGUACAAGACACCUGUUCCUUACACCUCGAGGCCACCGAGAUCCGGCGAAGUCAACGGCAAAGAGUAUCAUUUCAUCAGCCGCGAGAAGAUGGAAGAGGACAUCGAGGCUGGCAUGUUCAUCGAAUACGGCGAGUACAAGGGGAAUCUGUACGGCACCAGUUGCGAGAGCGUCAGCUCGUUGAUAAACGCCGGCUACGUGUGUCUGUUGAACCCUCACUAUCAGGCCCUGAAGAUGCUGCGGACUCCGCAGACGAAGCCGUACGUGAUAUACAUAAAGCCGCCGAGGUUUGAAAUAUUGAAAGAGACGAGGAACGACGCCAGAGCAAGGUCGACUUUCGACGAGAGCAACUCUCGAGGUUUCACGGACGAGGAGUUCCACGAAAUCCUGCACAGCGCCGCGAGAAUCGAAUUCCUCUACACUCAUCUGUUCGACGAGGUGAUCGUGAACGCCGAUCUUUCCAUGGCGUUUGAACAGCUGGUGAACGCUGUCCAUCGAGUCGAGUCGGAACCGCUCUGGGUACCUGCCUCCUGGGUUCAA